AUGCAUUCUCUCGCUGCAUACACUCUUUUGGCUUCUGCCUCUCUUGCUGUCGCCAUUGAUCCCCGCUUUGAGUUCCCCGAUACUGUCCCUCUCGUCAAGCGCCAGCAGCCUGGUACCCCUCAGUACGCCUGCCACGAAGACUGCGGUCUCUUGAUCACUCUUGCUCGUGAUGAUGAGGACUUUUGUGAUAGCGAUGAGUGGAAUGAGCGCUACGGACGCUGCAUGUCGUGCGCCAACACCUACGAUAUCUGGAAGUACUACGGCAGCGGCGUAGGCAGAGUCGCUCAGCAGUGUGGUCUUACUCCUAAGCCCAGCCCCUCUGGUUCCUCUGGUGCUGCCUCUACUACCGCUGAGGAGAAGCCUUCUUCCACUGCUGCCGAGGCUAAGCCCUCGACUACUGCUGUCGAGAAGCCUGCUACCACUGAGGUUGAGGAGGCUGAGACUACCAAGGCUGAGGAGCAGGCUACUGCUACUGAAGAAGCUGAGGAGGAGGAGACCACUUCUGAGCAUGAGCAUGAGGAGACUGAGCAUGCUCACACUUCUACUGAGGCUGAGCACUCUGAGGCUCAUGAGCAUACUACUCUUGCUACUCACGCUGCUGAGACAACUCAUGCUGCCAACCCCACCAAGACUCACGAGGCUGGUCACACUUCUGUUGAUGAGAUUGGAACUGUUGGUGUUACUGCUACCUCGACUCCUCUCCCAUCAAGUGUCAUCGUCAACGGCGCCGCCAAGCAGGUUGGUUUCUCCACUGCUAUGGUCGUCGUCGCCUUGGCCAUGUGCGGUCUCUAUUAG